AUGAAGCGAAGAGGAGUCCGGCGGGCUUGCGAUGCCUGCCAUUUGCGAAAACAACGUUGCGACGGGCUGCAGCCGUGUUUCAGAUGCUCCAAGAGUGACAAGAUAUGCUCCUACGGCGAGGAACAUCUUCCGGGAGCCUCUGAAAUCGUGAACCUGAUGAGCACCGUGCUCUCGUCCCUGGGAACGAUCGAGCAAAAAAUUGACCUGCUAGGCGGUAUUUCUGACAUGCCAGCCACUGAACCCACUCCUGCCGUUCACCGUCCACCGGUCGCUAUCCAAACCAUUUCGCUUCGAGGAGCACCCAUGUCAACGGUGCAAAGUGCAUACUCGAUGGCCGGCAAUGGAAUGUCCGAGAAUAACAGCACUACACCCUCAGUUCGGUCACCGCUAACUCUUCUACAUCAGCUCUAUCGCACAGACCACUGGUGUUGCGACCCUGUGUCGCUGGGCAUUUUGUCGUUGCAAGAUGCUCAACAACUAGUCGAUUUGUACUUUGAACAGAUGCACAGUAUGGCACCGCUUCUUACCAAAAGCAUCCACUCAAACGCAGCCGAGCUGCGCGAGCGAUCAACACUGCUUUUUCUCACUGUCUGCUGUGUGGGAGCACGGAGCCUUUUUCAGCAAGGUCAGAACAUACAUGACUUGGCUGCUUUGCUCGAUUUUUCACUAUCCCGAGUGGUUUUAGGACGAACAGAUCGUAUCACGCUCGAGCAGCUCGAAUCCCUGCAAAUAUACGCCCAUUGGAUGCCACUGAGAGUGAAUCAGAGCGCCAGUAGAUACAACGAAGUUUCUGUAUGGAACGUUAUUGGACUAACUAUCCGAUGGGUCAAAUUCAUGGACCUGGAGGGCCAUUUGCAAACAAAAUUCACUGGCUCACUUGAAGACGUGCGAAUUCUACGAAUCAUGUUCAACCUUGUUUCUCUUGACUACCAAACUCAUCUGUCCACACAGCUGCCCACGACAAUUGACCCCGUCCCGCUCGUGGCCCUCGCCCGAAAAUUUUGCUCGACAGCGAGUGCAGAGACCAAUGAUCACAAGCUUCUGGGACUUUGUGAGCUCACUCUGGCUCUCAAGCACGCAACUGACCUAAAAUACGUGAAUUUCUUUCUGGACGAAUGGGUAGCCGAGUGGACCAAUUAUCCCAAAGCGCAGCUCAGCAUGUCUGAAAUACCGUUUACGUCCAUGCGUUGGUACCGUUUGAGCCUAAAUAGUGCACCACUUGCAGGGCUUUGUGCAGGAAUGCCGGUCCCGGAGAGCGAGGAACGAGCUGUGCUGGUGGCCUUGAAGCGGAGCGUCGAGGCGGCUCUUGACAUGUUCGGCUUAUUUCUCGAAACUCCCGGAUGGGAAGAACCGAAAGUCAAUCACGCGUUUCUUUCUCGCUUCCGCUGUGCCAUCGACUCGUACUGGAUGACACACGCGUUUGCGUUUAUCUUGCUGUGCAUUCUGUACGCUCGCGGAGCAGUGGACGAGACAUUCUUCUGUCGCAUACCGACGCAGAACCAAACCACUCCUCCGGCCCCCAACUCGCCCCUCUCCAACCUUCUCCACCUGGGUCUGCGCGUUUUUGAUCUCGACUCCACUCAUCCUGCUGCUCAUAUUGCUGCACUGGUCCACCAGGUCUACGAUUCGCUGGAACUACUGGACGACUCGAAAAACUAUGUUGAGGACGUGUUUCCAAUUCCUCUUGAUGAAGGGUUUGAUCUUAACUUGUUUCUAGCUCGGCAGUGUGGUGACUACACGUAA